AUGGGAAAAUCUAAUAGAAACAAAAACAAAGACAAGGAUCCGUACGUUGGACCUGCGAAGUCCGGCCGAGAAGAUUCAGAUUCAGACGAUAGCGAAUCGUCGGCAUUCACUUAUAAUGAAGAUAUGCAAUCGAUAAUGGGAGAUGUGGAAGACAUGAAUGAUAUUUACGAUCAACUCGUUGACAACAUGGAAAGAGCUCAAGAUAAAAACUUAACGAUCAGACAUGACGGACUUCAUCGUGUAAAUCUUGCAUUGAGAGCGAAAGCCGUUCCUGAAUUCAUCAACAAGUACAAGGAAACAUUGAUGACAAUGGUAUCGAAAAUGGGAAACAAGCAAGACACCGAAGCCCAGCUGCUAGCUACUCUAGUGGGUCUUGUUGCCGUUCAGACUGGUGAAGAAAUUUCCGAUCUAAUUGAUGAGCCAAUGGCUCAUAUGCGAACGAUUCUGAUGGAUUCAUCGAGAUGUGUCUUCCUCCGGACGGUUUGUGCAAAUUCCUUGGCUAUAGUCAAUCGAAUCUGCUGUAGCGAAGAUGAUGAUGUGUCUGCAAAUGCGAAAGCAUGCAGGUUCGCCUGGUCCAAUACAAAAGUUUCUGGAUCUUCCAAUGAUGUCGGACAUGCGAAACUCGUCGCGACAUCAUUAGCUGCUUGGUGUAUCAUUACACUCGACGCAGAUUUGAACACAAUCAACGAAGCUGUUGCCGACCAGCCAAAAAUCGUGACGUUAUUAGCUUCCAGUCAGCUUGAAGUGCGAUUAGCGGCCGCUGAAACUUUGGCAUUUCUACAUGAAUUUAUGCAAGACGCUCGUCCAGGAUAUCGCUUCCCAAACAAAGAGCACGUUCUGGAACUCCUUCGAAAAAUGAUGAACGACAGCUCCAAGAAAAAAACUAAGAAAGAUAAAAGAGCUCAGAGAUAUGCAGUGAGAGAUAUUAUUUCGUUUAUUGCCGACGAGGACGACGCUCCUGUUGUAUGCGUGAAAAUCGGGCAACAGACGUUGUCAUUGGAUUCGUGUGGUAUAAAGAUAUUCUACGACAUGACUUGCGACCUGCUCCAUGGAGGGCUUGCACUGCAGUUGAUGCAUAAUGAAGUAUUGCGUGAUGUGUUUGAUUUGGGCGCUGUUCCGUUGGCGCCAGAGAGUUCAGUAAACAAACAGAUGAGACUUGCUGUUCACGAUGCCGCUGACAAGCAUAGAAACCAGGUUCGUGGAAAGCAACGCGACAAACGCUCUGCUCAAUAUUAA